CCCUAGGACGAGUCUGUGCUCCCGCCUGUGACCGAGGUUGACUGAACUCCUGCCGAGAUGUCCUGCCAGCAGAACCAGCAGCAGUGCCAGCCCCCGCCCAAGUGCCCCGCCCCUAAGUGCCCCCCCAAGUGCCCCCCCAAGUGCCCUCCAGUCUCUUCCUGCUGCAGCGUCAGCUCCGGGGGCGGCUGCGGCGUGGGGGGCGGGGGCGGCUGCCCGAGCCACCACAGGUGCCACCUCUUCCACCGGCGCCGGCACCAGAGCCCCGACUGCUGUGAGCCCGAGCCCUCGGGGGGCCCCGGGUGCUGUGAAGGCUCCGGGGGCUGCUGCUGACCCGGGCUUUGGGCAUCGCAGAGAGAUCCGCAGGGGGAACCUGGGGGCAGGACGUGGCCCGCAGGGAAGCUGCUCCCAACCCUCUUCUCUUCGUGGGGCUGCAGGGCCCGUGAGCGUCCCGCGUGCUCCGCGCGCCCGAGCGCCCAUCCCGGAUCCCGGUCUUCCCUCCUCCGUCCCCGCAACAACAAUAAAGCUCUGUUGCCUUCC